CGUGCCUGGCCAUGCAGUCGUGGUGAACAAGGAGUACAGGAGGGGACUGAGCAUGCACCCCUGUGGAGCUCCAGUGUUGAGGAUCAGCGUGGCAGAUUGUCUUUUUGUCUCAUUGUCUUGAGUUUUGGGAGCAUCAUAUCUCCUUUCCACAUGAUCUUCUCUCCCUUUGGCAUUGACCCCAUCCUCGUUGUUUGGUUCUUCUAGGAUCUCCGAUUCUUGCUCCAUGUUCUCAUACUGACUACCUUCUGUAUCCUGAAAACGGGGAUGAAACGCAUAGACCUGUUCUGUCAGGGAUUUUUGUCUGAGGUCUUGGGUGCUUGCAACUGGGUUAACUCCUUGGGACCAGAUGGCUUCCUCCUCAUCAGUCUGCUGAAGUUUCAUCCCCAUCUCCACGUUCUGUGUUUGACGUUCUUUUUCAAGCAGGCUGUUUCCUCUCUUCCAAGGUCUCAUGUGCCACAGGUAGGUCAUUCAUUAACAUCAACAUAUUGUGAUGGAGCACUCUGAUGCCCUUGGCACCAUUCUCCUUUUCCACCUUGUAGACUGGUCCUUCCCAAUUUUCUCUACCACCCUGCCUCCCAGUAGGCCUGCAAUUUGCCCGGUCCUCCUCUCUCUGACAUAUUCUUCACCAAGAUUCUGUCUCCAGGUUGGAGGGCCACUGCCUUUGCACCAUGGUCGUAGUGUCUUGUGCUUUUAGCAGAGGACUUUUGACUGUUUUCAGAUGCAACUCGGUAAGCUUCCUACCUUUUGGUGGCCCAGUUCUGAGCAUAGACUGGGUGUGACACCUGUUCAUCAGUCUGAUUGAGGCCAAACAACCGGUCAAUGGGCAGUCGAGGUGGCUGGCCAAAGAGAAGGAAGUGUGGUGACAAGCCUGUUGCUUCGUUACGAGUGCAGUUGUUUUCAUGUACGAUAUGAGGUAAGUGGUCUUUCCAUUGUGAUUCAUUUUCUUCAGUAAGAGUGCGAAGCAUCUGUAGCAGCGUACGAUUAAUCUUUUCCACUAGGUUUCCCUGAGGAGGAUCUAGCGUUGUGCGGGAGUGGCCGACCCCUGCCAGCUCCUGAAGUCUUCCAAAGAGUUUGUUUUCAAAUUCCCAGCCUUGAUCGCCUCUUGAGGAUAUCCGGUUUUCUCUGCUGCUGUCUUUGCAGACUUGUUGCGGGUGGCGUAGGUCUGUGUAAACCUUGUGAAAUUAUCGACUGAUACUAAAAUGUAUUCAUACCCCCCCUCCCCUCCCCCCCCCCCCCCCCCCACACACACACACACACACGUAGAACAGUAUUUUGAGACCAACUCAAAGGGAGCAAUUGAUGUGAGCUUGCCCAUUGGAGCUUUCCGUGGCACAUUUGGUAUUUUUUUGCUUGAUGCAACUACAGUUCUUUGUGACAUAGUCCUCAACUUCUUGUUGAAUAAAUGGCCAAUAAAAUUGCUCUCUCGCCAGGUGAGUAACCUUAUCUGCACUCACAUGCCCCAUGUCAUUAUGUAGGUGUUUCAACACAGUGGCCUUGAAUGUUCUUCAACGUGAUGUUCUUGUCUUCUUGUGAUGACUAACCAACCUUUCUGUCAAGGAUUCCAUUCUUAGUCUGCAGUUUGGUACACUCAUGCAGCAAGCGUUUGGCUCUCACACACAGUUGCCUUUUCUCUGUGUCUUUUGGUUGUCGCCUCUUUAACAUAGCCAUCUCAAGGCAACUCCAAUAUAAAAUGUUUUUUCUGAAAUUUGCCGGGAUGUCACAUGUCCUACUUAUGAGGAACACUUGUAACAACUUAAGCACUACAAAACUUAUAUUCGAUCAAAUAAACCUCAUGUAGAAAAAAAGCCAUUAAUUGACCUCCAUACAAUUUUUUAUUUUAAAAUUUAACCUUUAUUUAACUAAUUCUUAUUUACAAUGACGGCCUACCCCGGCCAAACCCAGACGACGCUGGGCCAAUUGUGCACCACCCUAUGGGACUCCCAAGCACAGCCGGAUGUGAUGCAGCCUGGACUCAAACCGAAGCCUAUACAUCCUGAGUGGAUAAUGUAUUGCCGGCUGCGUAAAAUGCAUUUGGAUGGUCUUUCUUUAAGAGGAAAGCAGGGAAAAGAGCAGACUCUGUUUAAAAGAAGAGUGGUUUAAAAAGAAAAGGAUCGAACACAGACCCCUGUAAAACUCAUUGCCUUCCAUAGGCUACUGUGGCUAAACCAAUCGCAGGACAGGCUCACUGUGUUUAACAGUGUCUGUCUGUACACUGGAAGGGCCUUCAUGCCUACAUCAACCAUGCAGUGAGGGUGAGCUGGCAGUGUGCCCCCUCUCUCCAUGCUGGCUUUGGGCCUAGAGCAGGGGAGAGGUGGAGGGGAAGUUGGAUCCCCCUCAGAAUCACUCCUGUUUCAGUACGACUUCAACUGCAAUACCAGUCCAAACCAUUUAUAGAGCCUUUGCAAUCUCUUACAACAGACACUACAAACAUUUUCCAAUUAGACAGGAUGAUCCACAACAAUGGUGAACUGAAUGUGGGUGUUGUGUUGGAAGUUAAGUUGACCAAACACCUACCUCUGUCAGUGGAUGACCAUGGAGAGAGCCUGCCCCCAGGGAAUUUCUAUACCUCAAGGGGCUUCUGGCGGAGGCUGGAGGGAGACGAGUUGUUCUGGGAAAUACCUCAGCAGAGCCUCAGAGUCAUCUAUCUCCCUCACCUUUGACCAUGUCCAGCUGAACACCUGACCAGAGACAACACAUAUGAGGAUGUCAAGCUGUCUCCUACUAUGUGUCUCCCCAUUGUGCAUCCCCGACCCUGGACCAUGGCACAGAGACAGAACCCUCUCACCCCAAACUUCCUCCCAAGCCUCUCACGUUGCGGGUGGAGAGGAAGGACUCACUGGCAGCGACACAAUCCUCACCUACAGAAGCCCCCCCUAGACCUGCCUUACCAAAGCGACCCACAACCAUCCAUAAAACACACAGACUGCCUCAGUAUGUCAACAAGAUUCAUGUGAUCUUCGACACCAAGCGAGUGAAGAGCCAGGGAGGUUCAGCGCGUGAGGAGACCAGUGGAACUGAGACCAGUGGAACUGAAACUGAACCCAGAGGACAACACUAAAGGAGGGUCCAGGCGCUCGGUCUAUGUCCAGUCCACGCUGAAGCGGAGGCCAGUCUACCACUCCCUGGAGAGGGACCUGAUCCAGCUCCAGCAACAGCAGCUCUUUCAGUUCUUUGUGGUGGUGUCACUCCGGAAGAGUUCCCCGGGAAACACCUACACCCCUGAGAUCACGCAACAGUUUCCCAACAAGUCUUCUCGUCACUCCCGUGAAGCCGACGACCGGCUGAAGGCCAUUCCCAUGUUCUGCUUCCCAGACUCUCAGGACUGGCGGCCUUCUGGACACCUGCACAGUGAAACCUUCCCUUUUGUCUUGACGGGAGAGGAUGGCAGCCGGUGCUUUUGUUACUGUCGUAAGAUCCUGCCAAGAGGAAAGGGGAAAAGACUGCCUGAAGUUCACUGCAUUGUAAGCAGGCUGGGCUGCUUCAACCUGUUUGCUAAGAUCUUGGAGGAGGUAGAGAGGCGCAGGGAGAUCUGUCCAGCCCUGGUGUCCCCCUUCAUGCGUAGCGUCUUGGAGGCUCCUUUUCCCGCCUCUGGACGCACCAUCACACUCAGGAGCUUCCUCCCAGGCUCAGGAAAUGAGGUGCUGAUGCUGUUCCGGCCGGUAGACUCAAGGCUGGAGCAUGUGGACUUUGAGAGCCUGCUGCAGUGCCUGAGCGUUGGGAGACCCCUACAGGUAUUUGCCUCUCUGCUACUGGAGAGGAGGGUCAUCUUUAUUGCUGACAAACUCAGUGUGCUGUCUCGUUGUGGCCAUGCCGCGCUGGCGCUGCUCUACCCGUUCACCUGGCAGCAUACAUUUGUGCCUGUGCUGCCCGCUAGCAUGCUAGACAUCAGCUGCUCUCCCACUCCCUUCCUCAUGGGGGCGCUGGCGCCCUGCCUUUCCAAACUUCUGGAGCUGCCCAUAGAGGAGGGAUGAAAUUCCUACCGAAGAAUUGACAAUGUCAGCGGUCUGGUUGAAAAUGCUUCUGUAGGAGAAGAUGAGGAUCUUCCGCGGGAUUGGCCAAGACGUGUGCAAAUGAUGUCACGGAUAUAGAUAUGUACUUGAAUCGAUCAGAACAUAACGGUGUUUGGCACAUAGGCCGACAGUCUUAGAUAUAGGGCUCGGGUUGAGACAGGACCAUACU